ACACACCACACACAUGAAUACACUUAAAAAAAGGUUGCAGCAAAAGUCCAAUUGCAACUGAGGUGAACGAACUCGACAUGUCCAGACAUCCGGCGAAAUCACAUUGGAGCACCAGAGAGCAGAAUAAUAACCAAAAUCAGAUAAUUUCCUUUUGUUUUUCGUUACCAUUUGAUGUCAUUUUGUGUAUAUGGCUUUUGUUCCUUCAUUAUUGUUGGUUUUCUUAUUGGCCAAUUAAUGACGGAAUGACAAAAUAGCGACGAUUGAUUGUUAUCGAGAAUUGUGUAUCGGUAUUGGUUUGAUUUCGACAGCUUAUCGAUCGUUUCCGUUGCCUUUUUAUUGUUGCAUUUGUUUUUAUCGGACUGGUUUCGGCUUUUCGACGUUUUGAUUGAGAGAGGAGACAUCAUAGGAACCACGAAUGAAACAAUAAUGUAAGGGUUAUAUUGUUUAACAUACUGAUAAGCUAACAUACGAACGAUGCGCCAAAAUGCAAACCAAAAUCACUGAACAGAAUGCGUUUUUGUAUACAUUGUAUAGCUCUACAAACGUAUAUGCAUAAAAACUAGCUCUAGGAGAAGAGAGAAAUGAACUAGAUACUUAUCAAUACUUUCGAUCUAUAAUUCUUACGAUUAAGUUUUCUCGAACUUGUGUUUACGAAUCGGAAAUGUCGACUGGUACCCAUAGCUAAGAUAAGAGAACAUCUAUUGAACAAACACAAAAACUCAGUACACUCGGAUCAUUUUUCUAACUACGCCAAAGGGCUAGAAUUUUAAAUGUGUUUUGUCCCAUAUCCCCCGAGACCUCCCUGGCUUUUCCAAUCCCUCGAAAUGAGAGUUGUUUUUAUGUAAUGAAGUACUCUUAGCGAUUAAAGACUAGAAUGAUUUGAAAUAAGAUGAGGUUUAACAGAUAUCUAAGCUAAAUUCCUAAGACAAAACGAUUCCACCUAAGACACCUUUUUGUAACGACUAAAUUUAUAUAGGACAAGACAAGGAUUUAAAAGAACAACCAAAUAAAUAAAAUAUAAUGAAAUCAAUAAGAUAAAAGAUCAACAGGCAUGUAUACAUAUGUAAGUGGGUGGCAUGAUUUGUAUCUGUACUUCAAUAUUAUUUUUAUGAUUUCCGUUCGUAUAAACAUUAAUAUUAGUCACAGUUUCCCGAUCAUUGCGUAGGAAGAAAUACGUACUCGGUUAAGAGAAGUCGAAGUCGAAGUUGAAUGGUAAUUGUUAAUGCCUGCAAGUUAAGAGACAAAUUAUGCGUUACUUAGUUAAACGACAGAACACACUGGUCCCCCUUAAAGCCCGACUUUUGUUCGCUCUUAAGAAAAAAUUCGAAACGAGGUAUGUGUGUAUAUGGUAAUUUUAAAAUGUAACAAACGCAGAGAAUAGUGAACAAAAACUAAUUUGUAUGUAGUUAAUAAUGAUAAUAAUAAAUACAAAAUAGACAAAAAUACGGAAAAACACAGAAAAAAAGAGGAAAACCAAGCAAAAUAACCAAAAAUGCAAAUAAUGCAAAACGCAAAAAAACAAAAUUGAGACUGUAAACGAAAGGCAACAUAAUGAAGCAGUUAAGGGCGAGACGACGAUGUUGAACAGAAAAAAGGCUAAAACACGAAACUAUACAACUCGUAACUCGAAUAAAUCACUGAUGAAUAGGCUACCAACAUAAGUUCGUAUAAGGGUUAUGUUCACACGAAAAUUGUACUCAAAUUGCAUUUUAUCCUAGGUUUUGUCUUAGCCAAUUCUGUACAUUAUGGGUAGUAGAUUUCGUUAUCCCCACUUUUAUUUAAUACAAAAAUCAAGUAACAAACUUAUAUAAAUUACCAAGUCGACAAAUUAGACAGCAGGCUGCAUGGUACAUAAGAAAAUCGAAACCGAAUCUAGAUGAUGAAGAUUUAAGCGUUUGUUAGCCAAAAACAUAACUUUCGAUGAAUUUGAAUUUUUUACCAACAGAAACUAAGGAAACUGGAAUCUUAAACUGAUACUGAAGCAGUCAGUUGUACGCACAUGCGACUGACCCAGAGACACAUAGAAACCUCCUAAAAAACUGCAUAUACAUAUAUAGGACUUAUUGUAAACCAGAUUGUAACGAUUUUAGGCAUAUAAGUGUUGCGACUUGGGUCUGUAAACGGGAAACAAGAACGGAAACGGAAACUUGAAGGGACACUGGAGAGGAAGCUACGUUCUGUCACUUUCCAAGCUUUCAUUUUGACAUAAUUUCAUAGACUUUUCUAACCGUACUUUUAGAUCGAGAUGGUGAGAGGGAAUAAGUAGGAGUUUAACAUUAGCAUUUGAUGGCAGCUGGGGCGAAUUUGGUGGUACAGUACUUAAGGAUUAAAACAUUGACGUCAGGAUUUAACUUAACUUACAUACAUAGAUACAUGGACAUCAACAGAGGAAAAUAUUGAGAGCAACAAGGAGAACUUGAAAAUGAAAUACAUAUAGCGUUGCAAGAUUUUAGUUUACGGUAAACUUAAAGAAAUUUUUUACAAUGUAUUUAUACAUACCUAAAUUUAAAUUUUAAAUUAAUUCUUUAAUGUAAUACGAACACAGUGCCUAAGUAAUAUCAAAACAAAAAUCGAAAAAAUAAAAAGGAAAUAAGGAUUUAAAUCAUACAAAACGAGAAUAAGAGCCGCAAGUAAGGACAUUGUUACUAAUAAUGCUAUAAACCUAAUCGAACAACUUUUAAAACAACCGAAAAGCAUUCGAGCGACAAAAACUCAAGCCAAUAAACGAACAUUUGAAUACAAAAGUUAUAAUUAUACAGCAAACACAUGCAUACAUACACACUAACUAUGAGAAGAAGAACAAGAGCAGGAAACGGAAGCUGAGGCUGAAAACUGAUCUGAACUAAAUAUCCCCAUAAAGAAAUUCGCAUAAAUGUAUAAAUGUAACACAAGCGAACAUGAAACGCAAGAGCGCUAAGUAAUUAACACACAAAUAAAUAAUGCAACGUACCCCCUACAUACGUCUCGUAUCUCGCACUGGAUUUACGUACAACCCACUCCCCCUAUAUCCUCGAAGGGCUAUUCAACCAACAGAUUUCACUUAUUUGAACAUGCCACGUACUCAAAAUGACAUCAAAUUGAAAAUUGUAACAUCUCUUCGUUAGCAUAUUGGAUUGGUCUAUUAAAAACCCUAAAUAAAUGUUUAAAAACAAAUUGUUUUACGUUAACUUCAGUUGAGAAAACAAACAGAAAAGAAGUAAGCAACAAUAAGAAAAUUACAACAAAUUAAUUAUACAUUUUGAAUUAUAUUUAACGAACAAAAUUAAUGUAGUGUGUAAAAAAAAUGAAAGUAAAAGCAAGUUUUAAGCAAAACAAAAUACUUUGAAUAUAUACAUAAAUUGCAAGUAAAUAGAAUAAAUGUCACUCACUCUUUUUAUUUAAGUCUUGUGCUGAUCAAACAUUCCUGGGAUUUAAGUGACAGCUAAAUUUGGAUUUCCCUUGGGAAAAAAUUGUUUAUUUCCGGGAAAAGAAAUAUUUCAAUGUUGGAAGUCGUGAUUCUUUUCCUUCUCAGUUCCGUGACAUUUUUCUUUGCCCAUUUGGAGAGGCCAUCCACGUUUUGGGGAAGUUUUUAUACAGCAUGUCCAAUUCUAAUGGGACUACUAUCCGCUGGAUUGGUUUACAUAAAUUGAGGCGGGGAGCAGCCUUUAGUAAUACAAACCACAAGUUGCGCUAAAUUAUUUGAAAAAGAUGACUUUAUUUCGGCUGAGUGUUCAAAUUAAAAUGUAGUAAACUAUUCAAAAACAACAAAUAA